UACUGAGUUUAUCGAUAACACCAGCUGGUUUUCUGUAUUUUUAAGCAUUUUGCGGUGACAAAAACAGCAGUAGAGUGUAAAGUGAUGCCAAGUCUGUCUCCGGUCUCUAAACAGCAGCAUGAGCUCGGAAUAUAUUAUCUCUGAGCCCACGUCGAUGGAUAAAGAGAUCCUGCAGCAUGCUGUGCAGGAGCUGUUUAAUCCAGAUCACGUCCUGCGUUUUCCAGAUGCGAGCCAAAUCCACUUUAAUGAAGUCCAGAAAUUAAGUCUGGAGUACAAAAACAUCCUGAAGAUUGACCACUUAUGGGACUUCUCAUCUUUGUCCAAACUUGAGUUAAAUAACAACACUAUAGAGAAGAUCCAGGGACUGGACCAUCUGAUUAAUCUGACGUGGCUUAAUCUGUCAUUCAACAAGAUUGAGAAAAUAGAGGGUCUGGAGUGUGUGCAGAAGCUUGAAGUGCUGAAUCUAUCCAACAACAAAAUCUCUGUCAUUGAAAAUAUGGACACACUUGAGAACCUAACUCAUUUCUUCAUUUCAAACAACCUAAUUGGACAGUUGGAUAAUGUGCUCUACCUCAGGAAGUUCAAGAACCUGGCAGCAGUCAACCUGUUUGGAAAUCCUUUCCUAAACGAGGGUGAUUACAGAUUUUUCAUCGCUGCCUACUUUCCAAAGUUGAUGUUCCUAGACUCCAGAAUACUUGACCAGAAGACAAGAAAGGAAGCAUCUAUCAAAUAUCACUAUGUCCUUGAGAAAAUGAGACUUGAAGAGCUGGAGCUACACCAGGCUGAUGAGGCUCGACAAAGACACGAAGCUGAGCUAAAAUUACAUCGAGUACUAUCUUUUUUUUGUGAGUCAUCUGUUGAUUUGUAUACAUACAGUCUGACACUUAUGUUUUCUUUUUUGUUGUUUCUUGUGCAGGAUGCCUUUGUGGAGUUCCUUAAUGGCUCUUCUCUGUUUAAGAACAUGUUUAAAGAUGAUCCAAAAGCACAAACACUGCACUGUGCGCCAGGAGUGGAUUCUCUGAUUCAAACAUUUGAGCACCAAAUGGGGGAGCUGUGUACACAGUUAUUUGAAAUGGGCUUGGCUGAGCACAAACGAAGGGAGACGGAGGUGAAGUCUUUCUUCAGUUGCCAAGAAAAGGCUGUGACAGACUGCCAGGAGAAGGCAUCGCAGAUUUUAGCAAAGUUUAAUCAUGAACACAAAGAGAGGACAGAAGAGUUUCAGCAGUUAUCAGACCCAGAGGUACGCAAAGUCAAGAUUGACCACUGCAAUGAUGAAAUUAACCGGCUCUGUAAAAACCUCAUGACACUGGAGUUUCAGCUUGUCAGCGAGAUGGAGGAGAAGAUCAAAACUUUUGACAGCAGCGUCUCAGACAUGGUUAGACACUUCAGUGAAACCGCACAGGGGAUGUUCUCCCACUGUCGACAUCUUGAAGAUGACUAUUAUCAGAAGAUGCAAAAAGUUGCUGCUGAAAUCUUGCAGACAGUGGCCAUUGACACCCGGAAGGAGGAUUUGCCAGAUAAUGUUAUAAUGCUGUUUGAAAACAGAGAUGCAGUGAUGGAUGCACUGGCCACGGCCCACGAUAACCACCUCCUGAAGAUCAAUGACCGAGAGACUCAGCUGACUACAGGCAUCAGAGCCUGGAAGGAGGCCCUCAUUAAAGGGAUACAAGAUGAGGAACUUAAGCGGAACCGCACGAACAUCUCAGACAUCCACAGAUACAUGGAUAAUUUGAGGGAGCAGCUGGAGGAGUUGAUAUAGUGGAAACCACUCGGCAGCCUCAAGAACACUUCAAAAACCACUGUCAGUGAAUACAGUUGUUUGUUGUAUUCACAAAUGAGGGUUCAAACACUACCACUAAAAGAGAAAAAAAGACACAGAGCAUGAACCUAUACUCGGGGCAUGAGCUACUGUGCUGUGAAAAAGUAUUUAACCCCUUUCUGAUUUCUCUGUUUUGUGUGUGUCUGUAUUUAUCACACUUACAGUCGCUCUGUGAUGUACUUGCACACUCGUUCUGCAAAUGAAAGGUUGCUGGUUCAGUUCCAGGCAGAGACACAAAUCCCCUUUGGGGGAAGGAAGGGCAUCUAUACAAGCACCUCUGCUCACAACCAACAAAACUACAGUUCACUACAAACAAAUUCAGAUGAAGACAACAUCAAUUGCCCUGAAUUUCUCUAUAAAAGAUUCAUUUAUUGGUGAAAAGGCCAAAAUGACCAAGGAAAGAUAAGCAAAACGGUGGAGUGUAAACAAGGAAUCUUAAAAUCCAAAAACCCUUGAAGAAGUGAAAAGUGAAGGUCGGAGGUCAAAGAAAAUGAAUAGAAAAUAAAGAGAAGAAAGUUAUAAGUGCAAAGCGGGAAGUGCUGAAUGCCCACAAAGCACAGAAAGGGAAGAAAAAGAGAAAGCAGCAAGCAAAAAUACAAAACAACUGUUGGAUUUGCAGAAAGCAUUUGAAGAGGAGAAAAGUGUAACACAGAUGGCAAAAAAGAAACUUCAAAACACAAAACAGGAAGCAGAAAAUGCCAAGAAAGAAUUACAGGAAGUCCUUAAAGUGCUUGAAGAGGAGAAAAGUAAAAACCAGGAGGCAACAAAGGAACUGGAGAACGCAAAGACUGAACAGCUAAAGAAGGAGUUGUUGAAUGUCCAGAAAACACUUGAGGAAGAAAAGGGGGUAAACAGGAGGCAAGAAAUGAGACUGAAAAUGUAAAGAAGGCAUUGUUAGAAGCUCAAAACGCACCUGAGGAGGAGAAAAAAAAUGCAAGAGACAGCAAAGGCAAUGCAAAAUACAAAGAAUGGUGAAAAUAUAAAGAUCAAAUUACUGGAAGCCUGGAAAGCAUUGGAAGAGGAAAAAUGUAAGAUAAGAUAAACCUUUAUUAGCCCCACACGUGGGAAAUUUUGGUCAGUGUGCAAUGCUUUAAUGUAUUCACAUGUUUGUUUGUUGAUGUUAUGUUUUUUUUGUCAGGGACUGUUUGCAAACAUCCCUUGCUUUCAGCCCCCUGACCCCACUCCUACUCCUGCCCCAUUUCUUCCCACCACCCUGCAUCGUCCACUGAUAUUCCUGACUUGGGACACACCCAAGUGGACAUUUUUACAUAGAACCAAAUGUACUGAUGAAGACAUCAUGGCCACAAGCUGCCCCAGACCAUCCACACUACCACCACCAUGUUUGACUGUUGGUAUGAAUAAACUAAUAUAUUGGUAUAAAUCAGAAAGGAGGAAAAUAGUUUUUCACAGCACUGUAAAUGAGCAUUAGUCUAGAAAAGACGGUGGUGUUUGUGAAUAACGUGUCUUCUUUUUUCCAUCAUAGAUGUUUAACCUGUAUUUGUGGACGGCACAGCAAAUUAUGUUUUUUUGGAAGCAUUCCUGAGUCCAUGCACUGGAAUCGCACCUGUGUGUAAUGCAGUGAUUUUGAGCCUUGUCUCAUAGGCAGAGAUUUUCUCUGAAUCUUUUGUUGAUUUUAUGUGUUGUAGAUGAAGAGAUAUUUAGUCUUUACAAUUGCAUGUUAUGGAACUGAAAUUGUAACGCAAUUUGUAGACACUGUUUUUUUCCAGAUUGGUGAACCGUUGACCAUUCUGCUCUUUUGUUUACCUAAUUAUGUUAUUGAACUGUUGUGAAUUAACCUUAAUUAAUCUCAACACUUUCUAAAAUAUUGUAUGAUUCUAUGUGUGAUUUCAGCAUUUCAGACCCAUAUUUUUUAAAAUAUACUAAAUAAUGCAAACGUGAGUUGGUCGCUGUCUGUGUUAAAGUGUAUAA